AUGGUCAAUGCUUCCGAAGGGGCCUCGGAGGAGAGGACGGAGCCCUUUUCCCAGUCCGAACUUGAUGCCCGAGUAAGGGGUAUCCGCGUCGACGAGCCCGGCGGCCUCCUGGGCGACAACGCCGUACCUCUCGACAUCCUGCAGGUCGAGGACCACCACCACAGACAGGGCAUCCGCAUCCUCUUCCGCCCACUCACAGACCUUCCCGGAGCCCGCUCCGUUAGUCCCGGCAACGACAGUUGUCAGUGGCUUGCCUUGCGCGCCGAGGUCGCCUCCUCGGAGCAGCCCGAGCACAAGGUCUUGGCCGUGACGCAGACUUCUAAGGAUAUUAAAUUCUCUGUCAGGAUCCCGGGAGAGUCUCAGGACCAGUCUUCGCGGCCGCCACUAUGGUGCGAGUUGUAUUACGACCCGGCCAGUGACAAGGUCAUCUUCCUGAACAAGUCCGACGUCCCCAUCCUGCUCUCCCGCAUAUGCCAAACCUCGUCUCCUCCCGCCAGCCCACAAUUCAGCGAGGCUCACCUCAUCAACCCCAGCCUCGCAAAGGCGCUGAAGCCCGGCACCUGGAGGAUCAAGGUCAGGGACAUUGCUGUCCUAGACUUUCGGGUUCUUGAAAAGCGCCCGGUUACUCUAUACCAGGUGCACAAGCCGUCGUCGCCCAUCCGCGCAUCUGCACCAGCCUGGCCCUCCGACCAGUCCGCCUCCACGAGCGGGAAGAGAUCCAUGAGCUCGGACGAUGAGGGCAAGAGGGUCAAGCGCCGCAUCUCGGAUACAGACGGGGUGGACGAUGGCGUCAUCAUGUUCCUGCGUCCCGCCGCCGAGCCGCUCGUCUUUCCGCUGCCGAACGCAUGGGAGAGCAAGGAAAUAUCUGCCACCCACGGCCACGCCCUGCUGGACGCCCAGAGCGGAGAGACCAUAGCCGUGCCCGGGGUCUGCCAGGUCGACGCGUACCAGCUCACCAAGCGGGAGCCGAUAGCGUCCACCGCCCUGUCGGCCGUCUACAAAGCAUCGCACUCUCAUGUGCCGGACAACAUCGUGACUGUUAAGGUUCUCAAAACGAGGGUGGCGCCCUCCAACGACAAGCCGCUCGCGCACGAGCGCAACGUCAUCCGCCAGGCCGACAUGUGGCUGCGUGAGUCGCAGAGCCAAGAAGAUUUGGAGCAUAACUCUAUUGUCCGAUACUACGGGGGUGACGCCCGCUUCCUGUCCCUUUACAUGGAACAUGUCGAGGCUCCGGAUCUCGCCUCGGCAGCUCGAUGGCGGAACAAGGCCGACGAGUUUACGGGCAGCCGAGAGGAUGCGUGGCGCAUCUUGCACGAUAUUGCCAACGCACUGGCAUACAUUCACAAGCGAAAGCUGGUGCACAACGACAUCAAGCCUGCCAACAUCCUUUACUCUCCUGAGCGUGGCGGUGUCAUUUGCGACUUUGGACUGUCGACUCUCGCAGCCAAUUCUCCGACCUCGGGCGGGACGCCGUAUUACGUCCCCCCAGAGUUCAUCGGCAAAAAGCUUCGCGGGGCCCCCUCCGACGUAUGGGCCCUGGGCAUCACCAUGCUCUACGUCCUAGGCAAGAUUCCAUUCCCCGACAGCCGGGCCAGGCGGCAUCAUCCGAAGCCCCUGUACUGGCAGAUUGGAGGCAUCCACAACCCAGCCGUGGCCUACAAGCAGCAUGGAAACGGGCAGCCUGCCGUGAAUCAGAUGCGCGACUGGCUGUCGGAAAUCUUCGAGACACGGGAGAAGCUAAGCCCGCGAGAUCGUCUUGAGCGAUUGGUCAAGGAGAUGUUGAUGCCGAACCCCACUCAGCGGAUCACCAUGGCGAGGGUGCUGCAGGAGCUCAAGGCCGAACAACCGGCCUUUGUAUGA